AUGAUGAACAUGAAGCCAGUUUUACUCUACACCUUCAGUUGGAUCUCUGUCUUAGCCUUCGAGUUUCACUGUGUGGAGGUUCAGCCUGAUGAAGAAGUCACGCUGCAGUGCUCCAACCUGAGCAGUUAUCCUGUUCACUUAUUCUGGUUCAGAAGUACCAACAGACCCAACGCUAGCAGGAUCUCAUCUAUGGUCAGCCCUGAGGGCAAUGUGACUUUCUAUGAAGGAUUUCAAAAUGGCAAAUUCAGCAUGACAUCCAACAUCUCUGUGCUAUUUCUUGAGAUCAAACAAGUGGAUUCAUCUGACUCUGGGCUGUAUUUCUGUGGCCUGCCCAGUUCUGAAAAGUUCACAGUUUAUGGUGCAACAAAUUUAAAGGUUCAAGAAGGUAGAUCACAAAAUCCAUCCACUAUGAUCAUGGGCAGUUUAACUGUUUUCCUUCUACUGGUCAUCAUCGGUCUGAUUGUCAAGAUCAGGAAAUUUCAUACAGCAUUACAGAAUGUGGACUCUGGUGCCAUGAACUAUGCAGCACUGAGUUUCCCUCUGAGAGCAAAAAUCAGAAGGUCUGUGCCACAGAGAGAGCUGGAGCCAAAUGUUGUGUACGCUGCUACGAGAUAGACUCACAGGAAAAGCAACACAGAAACUCUCUCACACAUUUUGUUGUUACUUGAUAAAAAUAGUGUGACUGAUGGUUGAUGGGGGACGAGCUAGU